AUGGCCAUGGUGAUUGCUCCUGCCAAAUCUGCCUCGCUGCGGCUUCAUCCUCUUCCAUCUCCGGCUGCAUCUCCCACUUGGGCCUCUGCUUCUGCUUCUUCGACGUCCCUUCCCCUGCCCGUCCCCCAGGAAGAACACCAUCCCCCAAAGAAAUGCCUCAGGCGAUGCCGGCCUUCAAACCGAAAGAGAGAGAGGCUUAAGAAAGCGUCGCGCAAGACUUUCAAUUCCAGAUCCUCCCCGUCCCCUGGUAACAACAUGGACGCGUCAACAUCCCACACGAAACUACAGAAAACUGCAGAUCUCCGCCGUGUGUACACGUCUUACAGGGCCGUCUUCAAUGGCCCGAAUGCCAAAAUACGCAGAGUAAAGCCCAUCACUUCACUCAUUGAAAAGUUUGCAUCUCCCAUGCGCAACCUGCUUAAGGACCUCGGUAAGGAUAAUGUCGUUGCCAUGAUCAAAACUCUGCUUGAGCUCGGGGUAUUCGAGUCGGAGCAAAAGGCAAAUAUCAAGUUUCCCGAGUUGUUCAAUGAUUCAACCGCGCGUAACAUGAAUCGUGCCGCCUCUGAGUUUUCGAUAAAGUGUUCGACGGAUGAAGCAGUGAGGAGGAUAGAAUCUGAAGGAGACUAUUUCAACUUUAACCAGCCUGGCCCCCUUCCAUCGGUUGCUGUGAGACCGGCAACAGAGACCGCCAGUCAGCAGGACAUUCAGAAUCACCUGGAACCGAUGGUCUGUUUCCCUUGCUUCCCAGGUUCUACCAAACCGCCGACUUUAUACACUAUCUCGCUCCCAUACAGUGCGCAGCAUAUGAUUGUUACACAUGCGCAACGGAUUCUAGAAGAGUGUUUCUGGGACUGGGCGAAGAGUCGGAUGCCAACAUUCAUCAACAGGAGCAGCUGGGAUUGCCCAGCGGCCAUCGAGUUGACGACAUGGUUGAAGCAAAUUCCCCAUUGGGUAAAAGUGCUUUCUCCCGACGCCUUUCAGCGAGACAUCGUAGAGGCUCAUGAGGCACGGCUACAGCAAGUGUUGGCCGAUGCGACAAGGCUUCGCCACACGGCUGUCCAUCGGUUGCCGACCACUGCUCGAGGCCUUGAUACGAUGCUCGUGUCCAGCGCGAAAUUAGCAAACCUCCUCUGGGAUCCGUUGCGCGCGGGUCUGCUGGAAAAUCUCCACCUUGAGCUGGAGAGGCAUAUCAGGUCUAUGGAAUUGAGCAAAAAUGCCUUGGAUAAUCAGCUCGGUGAGGGGCUGGGAGAAAUCCUUGGACAGCGCGCAGAAUUGGAACUAAAAGAGAGACAGCUCUAUAUGAGAAUCGCACAGGAGGACGAGUCCAAUAUGUCUUUGACCGGACAACUACUACAGGAAUCAGUUCAGAAGAUCAUUAGUGGUGAAAUUGAUACGGAGAGUAACGAGCCCGGCAGUGACAUCACGAUGAGUGGGAAAUCCGAUACUGAGGAUACCACCGUCGGAAGUGAGGACGCAGGUAAGGGCGGUGACGUACAAACUGUCGGACAUGACAGUCACAGGGAAGGUUGCAGCACCGCUACCAAUAGCUUGUCUUAUGAGAAGGUUGACUCCGGGCAAGGACUGUGA